UACAGGAAGGGAAGAACUGGAAAUAUCACCCUACGAUGAUUCAGUGAUCGACACCCGAAUGGCUUCUUUAGUCUCUGCCACAUCCUUCAUGCAGCUGGAUGAUGAGAACCAGUGCCUGAAAGCAGCGCAGGACUGUGGCCUGUAUGAGAAGUGCGGCGCUCUUCGAUCAGAGUACGUGUUAGCCUGCACAAAGCCCAUACCCGGAACGAGCCGAUGCAGCCAGUACAAGUGCCACCGGGCCCUGAGACGCUUCCUGGAGCGGGUACCUGAGGAGUACAGCCUGGGGGUCCUGUUCUGUCCCUGCACCAACACCCUGUGUGGGGAGAGAAGGAGGAAAACCAUCGUGCCCUCCUGCUCCUACCAAGAUGCUGAGGGCCUGCAGCCCAACUGCCUCCACCAGCAGAGCUUCUGUCGCAGAGAUGACCUGUGCAGGUCCCGGCUGGCUGAUUUCCUCAGUAACUGCCAACCAUCUACUCUCACGGCCAGCGGAUGUCUGAAGGACUCCACAGGCCUCUGCCUGCGGGCCUACGCCGGACUCAUAGGAACCAUCAUGACCCCCAACUACAUCAGCAACAGCUCUGCUGACGUAUCGCUGUGGUGCAACUGUGAGGGCAGCGGGAACCAGUGGCAGGAGUGUCUGAAGCUGCAGCGCCUCUUCACCCACAACAGCUGCCUACGUAAUGCCAUCAGCUGGAUGGGGAGCCCCGGGUCGGUGCCCUCAGAGCCCACUCACCCUCCCUCCCCCAGACCCUCGCCUCUGGUUCAUAAGGACGAGAUGCUGAGCAGGAACCGUGUGCCUGAGCUCAACAACGACGUGGUUGAGAGCGAGGAAGACGAGUUGUUUCAGACGGAGGAAGAGGAGGAGUCAGAGGAAGGAGACCAGUUUGAUGUGAUCUCGCUGUACUCAGAGAGAGCCACGGUCUCCAACCUGGGAUCAUCUGGAACAGGGGGCGCCGCAUCAGUUGGCGCUACGCCGGGAUUGCUGCUCCUGACUGCUGCCCUCAGCUGGGGGUAGAGCGGCGGACAGAGGAGCCGCACCCACAUACACACUCACCCAUCGACACACUCACACCCAAUGGCUCCGCCAACCCUCCUGAUUGGUUUACAGAGACGCUUUCAAGAAACAAAGGAAGAAACGGAUUUUGCUUUUUUUGUCAGAAGCAUCUUCUUGGUUCCUGAUUUGUUUCCUUUCUUCACUGCAAACAUGAAAAAAAUGGCAGAUUUAUUUAUUUGUCUCUGAUUUAAGUCACGGAGGGGGACUUCAUGCUACCUUUAACCAGUAGGCCCACUGAUGUAAUGUUUGCUCAUCGAUUAUUGGUCUGAAGCGGCGCUGUGAACAGCUGCUUCACAUUAGCCCCUUAGCUUCAGUUACGCCGCCUGCUGCUCCGUUAGCUAACAGCAGAAAAAUCAAGUCUGCUGAUGUUAAAGGAACCCAGUGCUUAUCUGGACUCUGGGCUAAUGCAGGAAUGAGAGAAGCUUCAAGAUCUAGCAUGGGACACUUCAUUUAUGUAAUACCGGUAGAUGUUAUGGACUUCCUCUGAUUUCUCCUGUUGCAGGAGAACAUGUGAGUCUGCAUGAGUGAAACUGCCAUUCCCACAGCUGCACCUUUUUCUCUGCAGCGACUCAACUAAUGAUUCACUUCCACCCCUUUGAGAAAACGAUCAUCGGCUCUUAUUUUCCAUAUAACAGCAUCUCCCUGAGCGUCUGAGACUUCCCCCUCCCCAGUUUGGACCUCAUAAUCCCAGUGAAGGUGCGCUUAGACCGACUGCAUUUGGGGCGUCAGGUUUUCGUGCAGUCUUUGAACGUUUCAGAGUGUUCCGUGCUCCGAUGGGUUUCAUCUGAAGAGGAAGGAAAAACUGAACUUUUAUUUAUUUAUUUUUUCUGACUGAAUCUGGAAGGAAAACAUCUGAGGGGAAGUCCUCCAAACACGUGUCUCGAAAACGUGGAGAGAUUCUG